UAAACUUUGGACCCGGUAUAAUAAUUUAGUCUCCAAUAAUGUCUUUGAAGCUGUACUACGAUUUUCUUUCACAGCCCAGCAGGGCACUAUAUAUACUUUUAAAAACAUCAAAACUACCGUUUGAGGACUGUCCUGUGGCAUUAAGAAACGGAGCUCAUUUGAAUGAUGAAUUCAAAUACAAUGUGAGUCGCUUCCAAAAGGUCCCAGUGAUACAUGAUGGAGAUUUCAAAUUGACUGAAAGUGUCGCAAUAUUGAGAUACUUGUCCAGGGAGAAGAAUUUACCAGAAUUUUGGUAUCCAAAAGACAGCAAGAAGCAGGCUAGAGUUGAUGAGUUUUUAGAGUGGCAGCACAACAAUGUUCGAGCCUUCUGUGCUUUGUAUUUUCAGAAAAAAUGGCUGUUUCCCAUUAUAACUGGAAAAGAGAUGGAACCUAAAAAGUUAGCUGGAUACAAAAAAAGGAUGGAAGAUUGCUUAGAUUCCAUGGAAAUAUUGUGGUUGUCUAACGGGAAAUAUAUUUGUGGGGAUAACCUGACGGCCGCCGAUUUGUGGGCAGCUUGCGAGGUGGAGCAGCCUCGUCUGGCUAGUUACGAUCCAACAGUAGGCAGACCCAUAUUAGGGGCUUGGUUGGACCGUGUCAGGUCUGAGCUCGGUGAAAAUUACAGAGUAGCCCAUGAAAUUUUGAACAAGAUUGCUACUAAAAGUCAAAAGGCUAAGAUGUAAAUGUUAAAACAUAAUUUUGUAUUUUUAUAAUGAUUGAACAUUGUUAAUCUAUAUACUGUUGGGAAACUUAAUUAAAAUUUAUUUUCUUUUCUUA